GUAGCCGGCGGUGUGCCACAAACACACAAACCUAACAUUUGUGCUAUUUGCAGACACAGUAACUCCGAAAUAGGUUGAGGUUAGGAAAACGAUGAGCUUGCACCACACCGCUGCAUUUUUAAUUUUUUUUUACCCUUUGGAGAAAGAAGAACAAAGAAAGUGGAAAAGUGUCUCGUUGUUACUUCAGUAUUGCUGGAGCUCUUGUGGAAUGGCCACUUUCCUUCAGACCUUUUAGUUCAUCCAGGUGGUCUGCAGAUUUGAUGAGAGGAGCAGCUGUUGUGGAUAUGCAUGUGGUGGGGGGUGGGUGACACACAAACGCGAAAACAAAGAAGGGGACACAAGCUACAACAAAAGUUUCACUUUUGUUCUUUGGUGGUUUUGUAUUGUUCUCUUUGCAUUAUUUGUCUUUUUUAAAACAUCCCCGUCAAAAUACCGUGCACAAGAACCCAAAACACACUUCCGGUUGAGCUUUUCCUCUAAAGGAACAAACAGGAAGUGCCUGGGUUAUUACGGUGUCAUUUGACACACGUGCAUUUGGAAGCAGCGCGAGCGGCUCAGCUGUUUUCAAGUAAAGAAAAACAAAAACUUUACUGUUUUUUCUUCUGACAUUUUGCGUCUCAUAACGGCCCCAGAGAGCACUUUUUGUACGGCAGUGUUCGCGCAGCAUCACGGUUAUGUUUCUACCGGUUGUGAUUUUGCUCCUGGUUCUCUGUCCGAACCCGCGUCCAUGCCGGUCUCUUGACAACCAGCCGUCAGGGCCGACGCCCACCGACGCGGCGGCCCCUCCGGCGGGCUGCGGCCCAUGCCAAGCCGACCUGUGUCCGGCGACGAGCGGCUGCCGCGCUGGCGUGGUCACGGACCGCUGCGGCUGCUGCUUGGAAUGCGCCAAUCUGGAGGGGCAAGCCUGCGACCCGGGACGCACCAAUGUCCGCUUUGGACUCUGCGGGGCCGGGCUUCGGUGCCAAGCGGACCCACGACCCGCUGGAUGGGGACGCAGCCAUGUGGAGGAAGAAGAGGAUGAGGAUGAAGAGGAGCAAGUGUGCGUUUGCGAGGAGCGCGAGGCGGUGUGCGGCAGUGACGGAGUGACGUACGCAAACAUGUGCCACUUCAAAGUAGUCGCAUUCUCGGACCCCAAACUGCACACCAGGGGGAGGGGCCCCUGCAAGACUGUUCCGGUGAUCAAAGUGGGCCCUAAAAGUCAAGUGAACGGGAGCGGUAGCCAUCUUGUUUUCCUGUGCGAGGUAUUCGCUUUCCCAAUGGCGGCAGUGGAAUGGCGCAAGGACAAACAAGGCGGUGGCGACAAACCGAACAAGGACGGAGGAGAUGACCAUGACGAUGUCAUCCUGCCCGGAGACGACCCACACAUCUCUGUGCAGAGUCGCGGCGGUCCUCUGCAGUUUGAGCUUUCCAGUUGGCUGCAGAUUGAAGGGGCGGAGCCUCAGGACUCGGGAACCUAUCACUGCAUCGCCCGUAACAGCCUCGGCUCUUCCUCCGCCUCGGCUGCACUCGGGGUCCUGCCAGCGGAGGAGCUGUCAUCCUACUUGGCCAAUCACGUGUCCGUCAUGAAACAGCUGAGUGACGCUCUGGACUACGACCAUGACCUCUAUUGAUGAUGAUGACCUAUCUUCCUCUGGAUCACCAUGAAUUUUUUAAAAAGCUUUUAUAGUUUACAUCGGAAAAGAUAUAUUGUAGAAAUACAAAUAUAGAUGAGGUUAAAUGGGAUGCUGAUUUGUAUUCUGAACGACAACGUGAUUGAUCGCUUGUGAAGAGGCGAAGCUUGCGCAUCAAAUCCCAGCGACACAAAACAUAACGAAACAAAAUCUAAAUAAAGCAAUUGUUACAGACUGAAGUCAUAA